AAAAAAAAAAUUCAACCUAAUUAUCCCACAAGCUCCCCUUCCUUGUUCCCCCUUCUCCUUCAUGACAGUCCCCUUCCUAACCCUAACCAAAAGGCCACAGCCCACAACAAUCCAUCCCUCCUAUCCCACCCUCGCCCUAAAACUCCUCUCUCUCUCUCUCUCUCCCCAACUGCACAAACAAUGGCCAAGCUCUGCAAAUCAAUAACAAAUUCAGCCAUAACUAGGUUAGCGAUAGCUGCUUGCGAGGCUGAGAGAGAAAGUGAGAGACUCACUGGAUGAAAGCUAAAAUGGCGGUUCCAGUUCUCAAUUAGUAUGCGUAAAGUAAUCAAAUUGGAGAUAGAUAUUGAUGGCUGGCUCAGUUAUGUUCCGGAGCCUAUACAUAACCCCGGGCCCACACUCUACAAGAUGUUACAAGAAUCAAACCCUAGCUUUCACCCACUCUCAAUUCUUCUCUUUUAAGUCAUUUUUAAGGUUAAAGAAGCAGUCUUUGGUCUCAGCUCUUCAAAUUAAUAAGAGGCAGAGGACUGGGAGGUAUCGCUCUGUUCUUGUUGUGUUCGCUGCACAGCCCAAUUUCUUAAAAGUUGUACGAACAGUUUGGAAGGUUGGGAGAGAUGGAAUUGAGGCAGGAACCAAUCUUGUGCCGGAUUCUGUGCCAAGAUCAAUUGCAAGGGUUUCUUUGACAGUAGUUGCAUUGGCUCUUUCACUCUUUCUACUCAAGUCUUUACUGUCUACAGUUUUCUUUGUGCUGGCUACGAUGGGACUUGUAAACUUUACAUUUAUAGCUUUCAAUAAGGAUGAAGGACCAAAGGGGGGUGGAGGCACCACCUCUACACCAAAGGAGGAGGGGAUGGAGGACAGUCCAGAAGAAGCCAGAAGAAUCAUGGAGAAGUAUAAGUAACAUCCAAUGAUUGUUAACCAAGUAGAAAAUAUUGAUGAAGAUGAUGUUGAUUGGUGCAGUUUUUCGAUUACUGUAGUUUUUAUUUCUUGAUUGGUGCAGUUUUUUUU